UUGGCGAGCGCCUCACUUGGAACAUUACGGCCGCCCCCCCCGCCCUGUCCUCGGGAUUGGCGAGCGCCGCUCUCGGAGCAUUACGGCGGGGGGGGCUGAGGGAGAGGCAGGAAGAGCCCCCCCCUCCAUCGGCGGGUUUGGUGUGCGCCGCGCUCGGAGAACUACGGCGGGGCGGCGGGGGGGUGAGGGAGAGGCGGGCAGAGCCCCCCCCGGUAUCGGCGGGAUUGGCGUGCGCCGCGCUCGGAGCAUUACGGCCGCCCCGCCGUCCCCGGUAUCGGCGGGCGCCGCUCAGGGCGCCGCCGCCGCCGCCGCCGCCGCGCCCGCAGCGGAGCUGUCCGCGGUGCUGACCGACCGCCGCCGGCCAUGGGCCCGCCGCCCGCCCUGCUCCUGCCGCUCCUCGCCGCGCUGCUCCGCGCCCCGGCACACGGCUUCAACGGGCUGGCAAGGAAGACUGGGGAGAGCGCUGAGGUUGAGCCGACGGUGCUGCCCACCCCGGCGGAGCGGGAAACAGAGGCUCACUUUGUGAGCACGGCGCCCACGCUGAAGAUCCUCAACCACCACCCGCUGCUGGAGGACCUGCUGCAUGAAGCCUUCCUGAAGAAGGACUACCUGGCCCAGGCACCAUUCCUGCCCGCUGGUGCUGGCCCCCUCCUCCCCUCUGGUGCCCUCCAGCCGGCCCCUGGCCCCCCAGCCCCCAAGCCCUCACCUCACACCCCUGCCCUGCCCCGGCCUGCCUUCCCCACUGACCCGCUGACCACGCCAGCAGGGCGCUCUGGGCCAUGGGGGGAGGCAUGGGGGGCUGUGCCAGAUGCUGACCCCUCGUGGUCCCCCCCUGGGGUGUCAGAGUCAGGCACUGCAUCCCCCAGCCAGGCACCCACCACUGCUGGCACAUCCCUGCCACCCCGCACCGGGGCUGCUGUGGUGCCUGGGGAUGAGGAGGGAACCACAACCACCUCCACCAUCACCACCACCACUGUCACCACGCUGCAGGGGCCAGCUCCCUGUAACCGGACGCUGGCGGGUCCUGAGGGUUGGUUGGUGUCCCCGGAGCCAGCUGGUGCCCCCUAUGAUGGCAGCCUGGACUGCACCUACACCAUCUCUGUUUACCCUGGCUAUGGAGUGGAGCUCAAGGUGGAGAACAUCAGCCUGGCAGAGGGGGAGACGCUGACAGUGGAGAGUGCAGGGGGCCUGGAGCCCAUCCUCCUGGCCAAUGAGUCCUUCCUGUUGCGGGGCCAGGUCAUCCGCAGCCCAGCCAACCUCCUCACCCUCCGCUUCCAGAGUCCCCGGCCCCCCAGCCCUGGAUCCUACCACUUUCACUACCAAGCCUACCUGCUGAGCUGCCCCUUCCCGGCACGGCCGGCUUUCGGGGAGGUCUCCGUCAGCAGCCUGCACCCCGGUGGGGAUGCCCGCUUCCGCUGCACCACGGGGUACCAGCUGCAGGGUGCCCGCCGGCUGCUCUGCCGCAACGCCACCCGCCCCUUCUGGAGUGCCCGUGAGCCCCUCUGCCUCGCCGCGUGCGGUGGGGUGGUCCGGAAUGCCACAGUGGGACGCAUCGUCUCGCCCGGCUUCCCUGGGAACUACAGCAACAACCUGACGUGCCACUGGCUACUGGAGGCGCCUGAUGGCCACCGCCUGCACCUCCACUUUGAGAAGGUGUCGCUGGCAGAGGACGAUGACAGGCUCAUCAUCCGCAAUGGCAACAACGUGGAGGCACCACCAGUGUACGACUCCUACGAGGUGGAGUACCUGCCCAUCGAGGGGCUGCUCAGCACCGGGCGCCACUUCUUCGUGGAGCUCACCACCGACAGCAGCGGGGCCGCUGCGGGCAUGGCACUGCGCUAUGAGGCCUUCGAGCAGGGGCAUUGCUAUGAGCCCUUCGUCAAGUAUGGGAACUUCACGGCCAGCGACCCCCGGUACCCCGUGGGCACCACAGUGGAGUUCAGCUGUGACCCUGGCUACACGCUGGAGCAGGGCUCCACCAUCAUCGAGUGCGUCGACCCCAGUGACCCCCAGUGGAAUGAGACAGAACCAGCUUGCCGUGCGGUGUGCAGCGGGGAGCUGACAGACACAGCUGGUGUGGUGCUGUCACCCAACUGGCCAGAGGCGUAUGGCAAGGGCCAGGACUGCAUCUGGGGGCUGCACGUGGAGGAGGACAAGCGCAUCAUGCUGGAUGUCCGCGUGCUGCGGCUCGGCUCGGGGGACAUGCUGACCUUCUAUGAUGGGGACGACCUGACGGCGCGAAUCCUGGGCCAGUACACGGGUGCCCGCGGACGCUUCAAGCUUUACGCCUCCACCGCUGAUGUCACUGUCCAGUUCCAGUCUGACCCCGGUGCCGGCCCCUUCGCCUAUCGACAGGGCUUUGUCAUCCACUUUUCCGAGGUCCCCCGCAACGACACCUGCCCUGAGCUGCCAGAAAUCGCCAAUGGCUGGAAGACGUCCUCGCAGCCGGAGCUUCUCCAUGGCACUGUGGUCACCUUCCAUUGCUACCCCGGCUUCCAGCUGACCGGCACUGACCUCCUGAUGUGCCACUGGGACCUGACGUGGAGCGGCGACCUGCCCUCCUGUGAGCGGGUGACAACCUGCCGGGACCCUGGGGAUGCCGAGCACAGCCGCAGAGUGGUCUCCAACCCUAAAUUCCCUGUGGGAGCCACCGUGCAGUACGUCUGUGACAAAGGCUAUGUCCUGGCGGGUGCUGGGACUCUCACCUGCCAUGACCGCGCCGCGGGGGGGCCCAAGUGGAGCGACCGCCUCCCCAAGUGCAUCCCAGAGACAUACGAGCCCUGCCACAACCCCGGUGUGCCGGCGGGCGGGAGGCAGAACCCAGAGCGGCGGCUGUACCCGGCAGGAGCCACCUUACACUUCUCCUGCACCGCUGGCCGGGCGCUGCUGGGCGAGGGCAGCCUGCGCUGCCUGCCCGGGCACCCCUCGCGCUGGAGCGGCCCCCCUCCCAUCUGCAAGGCGGCCUCUUAUGAUGAGUUUUACAGCAACCGCAACCUUGAUGCCGUAGCCAAGGCCGUGCCCUCAGGGACGGCGCUGGAGGGCACCAACGUUGCCAUCGCUGUCUUCCUGCCCGUGCUGGUGGUGGCCCUGCUCAUCGGGGGCAUUUAUCUCUACUUCUCCAAGCUCCAGGGGAAGCCGGCCCUGCAGCUGCCCCUCGCUGGCUCCCACCCCUACGACCAUAUCACCGUGGAGUCAGCUUUCGACAAUCCCACCUAUGAGACAGGAUCUGUUUUCUUUGCAGGACACGAGGGAGUAUGAGGUGUCCAUCUAGGCGUGGGCAGUGUGGAGCUGGGCACCGCAGCCACCCCUCCCGGGCCCCCCCGUGCCCACCGGCCCCCGGCACGGGCCGGGAACACCUCUCCCAAGGAGACUCAAGCCGAGCGCUUGGCGGGACCCACCUGGGCACCGGCCACCCCCCUGCCACCCCCAGCCCACUCAGACCCCUGUGGGGUCUGUCCGAGCCCCACUGUCACCCAGCCCCCCACACCGGGCUCAUGGGGGGCUGAGCCAGUGGGGGUCCCUGGACCCCAUCCUGCCUCCCCACCCCCUGAGUCCCCGCCUCCCAUUCUGCCCCCCCGGGCUCCACCCUUCCCCCGGACCCCCCCCCGCAGGGGCACAGCAGCCCCCCCAGCCCCCGCGAUGGAGGAGGGACCCAGGCAGGGGGAGCAGCGCUGUGGGGACCCCCAGGUAAGGACAGGGCUCCCCGGGGCUGCAGCGGGGAGGGCAUAAAGCCCCAGGGGGUGGGCGAGAGGCUUGGGUGGCCAUGUGGGUACCAUGUGGGUGCCCCCCCACCCUCGCUCCCCCUCGCCGCUCCCAGCAAAGGGCUGGUCCCCCCGCACCCCCGUGUCUCCCACCGCCGCCACGCAGGGACGUGUCCCCCCCGUGCCCCCCAGCAUGCUGCGUGUGCUCCCGGCCCCCCGCUUGCUUCGCCCUCCCGGGGUGGUCCCCUCCGCCACCGGCGCGUCCUCCGCCGCGCGUCCCGGGGGUGACGGGGUGGGCAGGGGCACCGGGCAUGGCUAUGCCCCCCCACCCCACCGCCGCGUCCCGCCCGGGCUGGUGACCCCGGCCCCCGGUCUGGAGGGGACACCGCCCCCCUCCCCAUCUUUUGGUUGUUUCAUUAAUAAAAAAAACUGGUGUUUUAGAAGAA